CAGGUGAGUUUGCAAUGAGGGAAAGCCCCUCGGCAAGGACUGAGUUUCCAAACCUACAGACAGGACAGGGAGCAGUCAAGGAAGAGUUCCUGGGAAGCCCUUUAAACGGAAAGGAAAGGAAGCGGGGCUGGUGGCAGAGAGGUGUGCCAGGUCCCAGGCAGCCCUGCUGGCCCCUAAGGACAUAGAGUACCUGCUUCUGAGAGGGCUGCCACGGUGGCCACCUGUGAAGCCUGUCACCCAGAACUGGAUGGUACCUGGCUUUCUUCAUAGACCCAUCUUCUGCUGGGACUGAAGCUGACCUCCAACAGAAGCCAGACCAUCCAAGCUAUUCUGGGAGGCUCAGCCUCCACCACCCAUGUGGGCGCCUUCUGCAUUACCUACAAUAGCCAGCCUGAGAGGAGCAGCAAGCUCUCUGCAGGCCCUCGGGACAGGUGAGCCCUUGGGAGAGGAUGGCCCAUGUGGAGGACUGCAUGCAGACGCCCUGGCUCCCCGUCCUGGUGGUGUCUCUGAUAUGCUCGGCCCGAGCGGAAUACUCAAACUGUGGCGAGAACGAGUACUAUAACCAGACUACAGGGCUGUGCCAGGAGUGCCCCCCGUGCGGGCCGGGAGAGGAGCCCUACCUGUCCUGUGGCUACGGCACCAAAGACGAGGACUACGGCUGCGUCCCCUGCCCGGCGGAGAAGUUUUCCAAAGGAGGCUACCAGAUAUGCAGGCGCCACAAAGACUGUGAGGGCUUCUUCCGGGCCACCGUGCUGACACCGGGGGACAUGGAGAAUGACGCUGAGUGUGGCCCUUGCCUCCCUGGCUACUACAUGCUGGAGAACAGACCCAGGAACAUCUACGGCAUGGUCUGCUACUCCUGCCUCCUGGCGCCCCCCAACACCAAGGAAUGUGUGGGAGCCACUUCAGGAGCUUCUGCCAACUUCCCUGGCACCUCGGGCAGCAGCACCCUGUCUCCCUUCCAGCACGCCCACAAAGAACUCUCAGGCCAAGGACACUUGGCCACUGCCCUGAUCAUUGCAAUGUCCACCAUCUUCAUCAUGGCCAUCGCCAUCGUCCUCAUCAUCAUGUUCUACAUCCUGAAGACAAAGCCCUCUGCCCCAGGUGACGGCCCCCAUGCGCCGGUGCCCUGCCUCCUGGACUCUCCGUCAACUCCCCCUGUCGGAGAGCCUGGCUGCUCACUCCCUCCUCUCUCCCCAGCCUGUUGCACCAGCCACCCAGGGAAGAGCGUGGAGACCCAAGUGAGCAAGGAUGAGGAGAAGAAAGAGGCCCCAGACAACGUGGUGAUGUUCUCUGAGAAGGAUGAAUUUGAGAAGCUGACAGCAACUCCAGCAAAGCCCACCAAGAGCGAGAACGAUGCCUCGUCCGAGAAUGAGCAGCUGCUGAGCCGGAGCGUGGACAGUGACGAGGAGCCCGCCCCUGACAAGCAGGGCUCCCCGGAGCUGUGCCUGCUGUCACUGGUUCACCUGGCCAGGGAGAAGUCUGCCACCAGCAACAAGUCAGCAGGGAUUCAAAGCCGGAGGAAAAAGAUCCUGGAUGUGUAUGCCAACGUGUGUGGAGUCGUGGAAGGUCUUAGCCCCACGGAGCUGCCAUUUGAUUGCCUUGAGAAGACUAGCCGAAUGCUCAGCUCCACGUACAACUCUGAGAAGGCUGUUGUGAAAACGUGGCGCCACCUCGCUGAGAGCUUCGGCCUGAAGAGGGAUGAGAUUGGGGGCAUGACAGACGGCAUGCAGCUCUUUGACCGCAUCAGCACGGCAGGCUACAGCAUCCCUGAGCUGCUUACAAAACUGGUGCAGAUUGAGCGGCUGGAUGCUGUGGAGUCCUUGUGUGCAGACAUACUGGAGUGGGCAGGGGUUGUGCCACCUGCCUCCCAGCCACAUGCUGCAUCCUGAAAAGCAUGCCUGUGGGCUGUCCUCCCAGGACAAGCCAAGGAUCCAACGAGGGCUCUGGAGCUGUGAGUGGUGCCAAAAGACUGCCAAGAAUCAAGGCUUUUGUGAUAUGUCACUGUAUGCCUUAGGAUGUUCAAGGAGCCAGACGAAAUAAGGCCUGUCUUCCAAUUUAACCAAAGAUAAAGGACUAGAGCCUGCAUACUUUCAGAUGCUCGCCUGUACCUCACCAGGCAGACUAAAUAUCUACUCACUCAUACAGCCAGCCCACCAGCCCACCGUUAACUCAUUGAACAAUGAGACAAUGUUGAGGACUCAAAUGAACCAAACCCCGUGGGAAUGACAGAAGUGAAGAAUCUGGUCCCUGUCUUUAAGGAGUUUGCACUCCAGUAGAAGACAGAAGAAACAUAUGUUUACAAACCACUUCACUGGAAGACAUCAAACAAGCUGAAUGAAGGGGCGCUUAGAAAAGGUAACAGAAGUUCUAAGCGGGAGAUGACUCCCUACUGGGAUGAUGAAGGAUGGCAUCCUAGUGAAGCAGCAGCUCAAACAUUUUGAUAAAAUGGCGACAAAAUGCAGACACCCUGCCCUAGGUAUUAUUUCAGGUUUAGUACAAAUCUGUUAAUACCCUAUGUGGUUUCAUUAGGAUAACUUUACCUAUCCUUGAGGUCAUCCAUAUUCUUACAGGCCUUCCAGUCAAUAGUGGAAGAGCUCACUCUAUACAAAAUCAAUAUGCAAGGCAUGUGUUUGUCCAAGCAAUUGGAUGUGUGCAGUAGCCAAUUUCAUUUACUGCAUGAAUCUUUGGCCUGGGAACCCUGUGGUUUGCAUUACAUGUGAAUGGCCUUCCACUCUCAGUCUUAGGCAGAUUUGACCUUUUAGGGGCAGCAGUGCUCAAGGACACAGCAAUUUAAAUUAUAAUAUGUCAGGCUGUGUUUUCGCUUCAAACAUAUAUGAGUAGUCAACUGUAAUUAGAAAGAGAAAUGAUGACUUCCUAAGAGUUCAGCCACGCAUAAUUCUAGAUUUCAAGAGCAUCUGAGACUUGUGGAUUAGCCUCAUGGCAUGAGAGUUUCAGACUCAGCCUUCUGAGCCAGUCAGGGAAAGUGGAGUCCUGCAGUGCAAAUGAGAGCCUGGGCUUGGAGUCCAGGGAGCUGGCUUCUAGUUGUGCCACCUUGGGCCUUGUCUUUUCCUCUCUCAGCCUCAGUUUCUCGUCUGCAAAUGAGAUGUUAGCUAGUGAUUCUAUAAUUGGGGCAGGUAGGGUUCAGGUGAGCAAAAAGAAAGUGGAGCUAUAGGAAAUGCCAGGCCUUUGAGGUGCUCUAUGGAAGUGAACACAGUGUGGUUUGUCCAUUUAAAUGGGAAUAAAAACAGAAAAACUCAGACUUGGCAUUUUCACAGUAACUGCAAUGGUUUGACAUAACAUUUAUAGGCAGAAAGUCAAUAAACUGGCAUUGUUCUUGGCAGAUUAUUGUACUAUCCCUGCAACUGCCAAGAGCUCAGGAGCCAGGCUAGUGAUCACACCAGGGGUUAGAGUUCACUGCUGAGCUCCCUGAUGGCAGGUCUGUUUAUUACUAAAUUAAAACGAAGUCUCUGACUUAUAAAGCGAGGUUGUAAAAAUUACAAGUUGCAUGACUGAAAAAAUGCUUUAGGGGGAAAAUCAGUCAUAUCUUUAACACCAACAAGCAAUUUCCCACCAACGAAUGUAGUACAUACUGUGAGAGGAUCAUAAUGAGGUCCUGAAUAUUUAAUAUCAUCAUUUACUGUCUGUUUGCUGCUGUUUUUCAGAACCUAUUUGGUUUAUCCUGCAAGCUAAAUACUCCAUGGCAGAGCUUAAUUAUCCUUUUAAUUCCUCUUUGAAAUCCUGUGGUGCCCCCUUCCCCUGCCUUGUGGUGAUGGUGAUGAGAGUCUCCCCUUAGUUAGACUGCAAAUGUCACUUGUGAUGAGUGUGCCAUUCCAGGAUAACAGCUUGCACCCUCCUCAGAAUUUUUCAGUGAAGGAGUGGGGUGGCUGUUCUCUGCUCCUGGUGCUUUGACCUCAUUUCACACUAUUAGAAUUCUGGGGCUGUAAGGCCAGCCAGUGUCAGCUCAUGUUCCAUUGGCGCUCCACCUGCCAUUUUUAGGAAGCUAUUCCUUAUAUAGUUACACAUUCCCUUGUCAUUUACUUAUUUGGAAACAUGGGAUUUACUCUGACAAGCUUUAGCCUAUGUUAUGGGAUUCAGAACAAUGAGAUCAUAAUAAUUCUCACUGACCAAAGCUGAGACUCCAUCCUGCUAUUUUUGUGUGGAGAUACUCAUAAUUUUGCAAUACUUUAAACAUUUAGAAAACACCCCAGGGUAGGUCUGUGGCCCUUAGACAGUGAAGUCUUAUCAAUAUUUUUGUCUAAUUCUGUAUAUAUAUAACUUAUUAUAUUUUAUAAUCUCAAUAAACACAUUAAUAAGA